CGGAAGCGGUCCUGAGAGAUGAACAUGGCGGCCGCCUGGGGCCUGCGCUGGGCCCUGCACCGAGCUGGAAGCUUGUUGCUCCCGCCGCCCGCGCGCUGUGCUCGCCACGCUCUGCACAGACAGGUAGACGGCACCGAAUUCCAGAGCAUCUACAGCCUGGACAAGCUCUACCCCGAGUCCAAGGGCGUGGAUACGGCCUGGAAGGUCCCGGAGCAUGCGAAACAAGCCAGCAGUGACAUCCCUCUAGAUCGAUUGAGCAUAUCUUACUGCCGGAGUAGCGGUCCUGGGGGGCAGAAUGUUAACAAAGUGAACUCCAAGGCUGAAGUCAGGUUUCACUUGGCCAGUGCAGACUGGAUUGCUGAGCCCGUGCGCCAGAAAAUUGCUCUCAAGCAUAAAAACAAGAUCAACAAGGCAGGAGAGCUGGUUCUUACCUCCGAGAGCAGUCGCUAUCAGUUCCGGAAUCUGGCAGAAUGCCUACAGAAAAUUCGAGACAUGAUUGCUGAGGCCAGCCAGUUGCCCAAGGAGCCAUCCAAAGAGGACGCUCAGCUCCACAGACUCAGGAUAGAAAACAUGAAUCGGGAAAGACUGCGACAGAAAAGAAUAAACUCUUCCAUAAAGACGAGCAGGAGGGUGACUGUGGACUGAAGUCACCACACUACCAGCAGAGACUGGGGUGUCAUGCAGCUCUACAGAGAGCCGCCGUACCAGGGGAGCCUUGGCAGAACGUUCCUCAGGAGGGGAGGCUACAGGUCGCCCAGGGCAGCCCCUCAGGUGUCCACUUCAUUUAUUACUGGCUACAAUAAACUUCUGAGCAAGCUGUGAGCCUCA